AUGGAAGAAGGGGACGCAGAGGGGGAAGGGCCCAUGGCCGUCAGAGAGGGGCAGAGUGGUCACGGCCUUCCCACGGACGCCAACAACGCCAACACCACCACCACCAACCUCCUGGCAUCUGUCAAAGAGCAGGAGCUCCAGUUUGAGCGGCUGACUCGGGAGUUGGAGGAGGAGCGGCAGAUCGUGGCGAGCCAGCUGGAGAGGUGCAUGCUGGGAGCCGAGUCACCAGCAGCAGACAGUAGCAGCUCAUCUGAGAAGUCGUUUGCAUGGAGAUCUGCAGGCGGAGAGUCGCACGGCGGAGCCACGGAGGCGUCUGGAUGUCCCGGUCGCCACCUGGAGGCAGAGGACGGACUCUACCUGCAUGAACCGGACCGCGCCUCCCUGCAUGACAGUGAGGGCUCAGCAGGUCACUCGGCCCAUAUGACUUCGUAUUCAGACAGCGGCUACCAGGACAGCAGCGUUAGUUAUUACAGCAACCAGAACGUGGUGCGUUCGGAGCCACGGGCUUCGAUAUCGAGAAGCCCGAGAGCCGAGGGUCAAGCAUCUGGCCAGCCGUCUGGUCGGGUGUUGCGGCGGAUGGCCUCUCUCCCCUCCAGGAGCCAGUCUCCCGGUUGUGGCACCGUCUCACCCUCCCGCAUCUCCCUGCGAACGUCCCAGGGCAGCACCUACGACUCGCCCAUCCUUUCAGAGCCCAAACCGCUGGCUGCCAUCUUCCCCGGCACCUCCAUGCCACCCUCCUUCCCGUCGCCUUCUUCCCCGACUGACGGCGCGCUGACGGCCCUGGGAGGAGUUGGAGGAGGAAUGAUGGGAGGAGGAGUAGGAGUUGGUACCCGUCUGGGCUCCACACUCUCCCUAAUUGAGGGGAGGGGGAUGACUGGGUCGCCGCUGCGCUCGGGGAUGACCGCCGUGCCACAGCACUACGGCUCCACGCUGCCCAGAAAGAGCCAGCCGCUGGCCUACGGAGCGGAUCCAUACGGCUUGUACCAGAGGAGCGCCCUGCCCCGCCCGGACAGCCUCAUAGGGCUCCACAGCUCGUACGUCGGCCACGCGGGGCAGAUGGAUCCAGAGCUGCGGGCCGCGUUGUCUCCAGACUGCCACAUGACGCCCGUGUUCGACGAGCGCUCCUUCCACAGUCCGCUGUACCACAGCCCCACCCACGACCCCCAGGGCUCCCUCUACAGGACGAGCACAGGUAUGGAGACCCUCCCUCGGAACACAAGCCAUUGCGGCACGCUGCCGUACCAAAGAAGCAGCUUCGGGCUGAGCACCGCGGCUCUGUACGUCGACUCCUACAGAGUCUCCGCCGAGCCCGUCUACUCCCACCGGCACUCGGGAUUGGUGGAUCGGGUCGCAACGCGCACUCCGUCCAUCGAGAGCAUCCACAAAGACCCGAGGGAGUUUGCUUGGCGUGAUCCCGAGCUGCAGGAGGUUAUCCACAUGCUGCAGCAUCACUUCCCCUCCGUCCAGGCCAACGCAGCCGCCUACCUGCAGCACCUGUGCUACGGAGACAACAGGGUCAAGGUGGAGGUGUGUCACUUGGGUGGCAUCCAGCACCUGGUAGACCUGCUGGAUAACAAGGCGGCCGAGGUGCAGAAGAGCGCCUGCGGAGCCCUGAGGAACCUGGUUUACGGCAAAGCCACCGACAACAACAAGGUGGCGCUGAGGAACUGCGGAGGCGUUCCCGCUCUGCUGCGCCUCCUCAGGAAGACCACCGACAACGAAGUGCGAGAGUUGGUCACCGGCGUCCUGUGGAACCUGUCGUCGUGCGACGCGGUGAAGAUGACGAUCAUCCGUGACGCUCUGAGCACGCUCACCAACACGGUCGUCAUUCCUCACUCUGGCUGGAGCAGCGUCUCGCACCGCGACGACCACCACAAGGUGAAGUUCCAGUCAUCGCUGCUGCUGCGCAACACCACCGGCUGCCUGAGGAACCUGAGCUCAGCAGGGGAGGAGGCGAGGAGCCAGUUGCGAUGCUGUGAGGGUCUGGUCGACUCGCUGCUUCACGUCCUCAAAGCCUGCGUCAACACCUCCGACUACGACAGCAAGAUCGUGGAGAACAGCGUCUGCACCCUGAGGAACCUCUCGUACCGGCUCGAGGUGGAGAUGCCCUCCUCUCGUCUCCUAGGCAACCAGGAGCUGGACACCCUGCUGGGCUUCUCCUCCCCGGCCAAGGAGCUGGACUACCUCUGCUGGGGCAAGAGGAGGCGCGGCAGGAAGAGGGGCGGCUGGCCCGACGACAAGUGGGACGGCGUCGGGCCGAUCCCAGGUUUCUCCCAGACGAUGAGAGGAGCGGAGCUGCUGUGGCACCCGAUGGUGGUGAAGCCGUACCUCAACCUGCUGGCCGAGAGCUCGAACCCGGCUACGCUGGAGGGCGCCGCUGGGUCGCUGCAGAACCUCUCUGCUGGAAACUGGAAGUUCUCGGCCUACAUCCGAGCGGCGGUGCGUAAGGAGAAAGGUCUGCCCAUCCUGGUGGAGCUGCUGAGGAUGGACAAUGACCGGGUUGUCUGCUCCGUCGCCACCGCUCUCCGAAACAUGGCGCUGGACGGCCGGAACAAGGAGCUGAUAGGAAAGUACGCCAUGCGGGAUUUGGUGAACCGGCUGCCUGGCGGCAAUCCGCCGGUGUUGUCGGAUGACACAGUGGCGUCAGUCUGCUGCACGCUGCACGAGGUCACCAGCCGCAACAUGGAGAACGCCAAAGCUUUAGCCGACAGCGGAGGCAUCGAGAAGCUGGUGGACAUCAGCAAAGGACGAGGGAAAGGGUACUCGAUGAAGGUUGUGAAGGCAGCAGCUCAGGUGUUGAACACGCUGUGGCAGUACAGAGAGCUGAGGAGCCUCUACAAACAGGACGGAUGGAAUUACACUCACUUCGUCACUCCCGUCUCCACGUUGGAGCGAGACCGCUACCGCUCACAACCGACCCUGCCCACCAGCCCUAUGCAGAUGUCCCCUGUCAUCCAAUCAGGUGGUAGCGCAACAUCCUCGCCAGCGAUGCUCGGGAUAAGAAGACACAGUUCAAACUACCAGAGAGCGCAGUCAUCUAUGCAACUCGACACGUAUUACGGAGACAACAGUUUACACAAAAGGCAGUACACAGGGUCUGAGAAGAAAACCCCGUAUUUCAUCGGGACGUAUUCUUCCCAGUCAGGAGAAGAUUUGAGAAGGUCUCAGCACCAGGAGCCAUUCUACGACGAACCCAACAGGAAGAACUACAACAGCUACAGAAUGUACCUGUCGUCCCCACAAGGCUACGGAGAGGAGCCCUACGAGGAUGAACCGGCCCACCUGACCCCUUCCUCCCCCCCCGAUGGCUACGCCAGCCAGACGCUCCGAUUCAAAGCCAACACCAACUACGUGGACUUCUACUCCACCACGCGGAGGCCUUCAAACAGGGCGAACAAGUUCACCGGCUCCCCCGACUCCUGGGUGUAA